AUGUCAUUUCAAACUGAAAUCGGAUUGCUUGAUCAAGUAGAUGGUUCAUCUACCUUUGAAUUUGCCACAACUAAGGUGAUUACGUCGGUGGCCGGACCGUUGGAGAUUACACGAAUGAAAAACGAAAAGCCUACAGAGGCAUUUCUUGAUAUCAGUAUAAAGCCAGCAACGGAUGUCUCGUCCACAAGAGAGUCAUUUUUAGUAACGAAAUUGGCCAAAGUUCUUCAGAAGACCAUUGAUAUGGAUAAAUAUGCUCGUCGAGAGAUUCAGAUUAUGGUUCAAUUACUGAGCCCAGGUGAAAGUGAGGAAUAUACAGUUAAGGAACUUACAGCUAUAGUGAAUUCGGUUUAUCUUUCUUUGCUAAACGGCGGAAUUUCGCUUAGGACAUCUUUUUGGGCUACUUGCUGUGUGAUAGACGGCAAUGGUGAAAUAUUAAUGAGACCUACAAAUAAGCAACUCAGACAAUCCGUGUCGCACCACAUAGCUGUUUUCAGCAUCAAGGAUGGAAAAAGCGAUGCUCUUAUAUUUAGCGAUUCCAAAGGGUCUUUCAGCGAAAAUGAGCUUUUGAAGGUUCUUGAUAGAUGCUGUGAUGAUAUAGAUAGCUUCAACAGUAAAGUGAAAAAGGUGGUAUUAGAUAGAGUGAAAAGGGACUAUAUAUGGAGCUAA